UGUAGUGCUGCCUCAAAUGUAGAUAUUUGUUCCGACACAACUACAGCAACAUUUAAUUACACAUUAUGCAGCUCACUACAGCUGUUUUCAAGCGAAGGAAUGUUGCAUUGUGUCGCCUCUAUAUCAAGUGGAAGUACAUCGUAUAUAAGUGUAUAUAAUCCAGGCACAGUAGACAGCGUUAAUUAUUUUCGAUUUUCCUGUUUGGCAGUGGCUUAUUCUGGUACAACUGUACUUACCAGUGUUAGUGCUGGAAGCUGCGAACCAUCACAGUCACCAGGAGUUGCAACAUCCACUGGUGGCGUACUGUCACUAUCGACGAUAGUCAAUUGCACAUCAGACGCAUCUACAACAAGCAGUGCUACGACCGAAAAUGAGAUAACAACAGGAAAUAGUGAUACAACAGACAAUAGUGUUACAACAGGAAUUAGUGUCACAACAGAAAGUAGUGUUACAACAGGAAGUAGUGUUACCACAGAAAGUAAUGUUACAACAGGAAGUAGUGUUACAACAGGAAGCAGUAUAUCGAUCAGCAGUAACAAUAGCUAUUGUAAGUGGAUGUACAUGUUAGGUAUUAAUGAAUUGUUCUGGUCAGAAUGUGUUAGAGUUUCUUAG